CAGGAGGAGCCAAGGAGCCAGGUCCCCGGUCCCAGACUCAGAAGCAGCCAUGGGAGCCUGUGCAGAGGUGACAGACACCAAUACCUCAUCCAGCCUUGAGAGCAACACCACGGGCAUCACAGCCUUCUCCAUGCCCGGCUGGCAGUUGGCACUGUGGGCCACAGCCUACCUGGCCCUAGUGCUGGUGGCCGUGAUAGGCAAUGCUACAGUAAUCUGGAUCAUUCUAGCCCAUCAGAGGAUGCGUACAGUCACCAACUACUUCAUCGUCAACCUGGCCCUGGCCGACCUCUUCAUGGCCACCUUUAACGUGGCCUUCAACUUCGUCUAUGCCAGCCACAACAUCUGGUACUUUGGCCGUGCCUUCUGCCACUUCCUGAACCUCUUUCCCAUCAUGUCCAUAUUCGUCAGCAUCUAUUCCAUGACUGCCAUCGCCGCCGACAGAUACAUGGCCAUCGUCCACCCCUUCCAACCCCGGCUCUCGGGCAUUGGCACCAAAGCCGUCAUCGCCGGUAUCUGGCUGGUAGCUCUGGCCCUCGCCUUUCCCCAGUGCUUCUACUCAGCCAUCACCGUGGACAGAGGUGCCACCAAGUGCUUAGUGGACUGGCCUGAAGACAGUGGGGGCAAGAAGCUCCUUUUGUACCACCUCGUGCUGAUCGUUCUCAUCUAUCUCCUGCCCCUCGUGGUGAUGUUCGUCGCCUACAGCGUCAUUGGUUUCACGCUUUGGAGGCGCGGGGUCCCCGGGCACCAGGCGCACGGCGCCAACUUGCGCCACCUGCAGGCCAAGAAGUUCGUGAAGACCAUGGUGCUGGUGGUGGUGACAUUUGCCAUCUGCUGGCUGCCCUACCACCUCUACUUCAUCCUGGGCCACUUCCAGAAGGACAUCUACUACUGCAAGUUCAUCCAGCAGGUCUACUUGGCCAUCUUCUGGCUGGCCAUGAGCUCCACCAUGUACAACCCCAUCAUCUACUGCUGUCUCAACCACAGGUUUCGCUCUGGAUUCCGGCUCGCUUUCCGUUGCUGCCCAUGGGUCACGCCCAUCGAAGAGGAUAAGAUGGAGCUGACUCACACUCCGUCCAUCUCCAUGAGGGUCAACAGGUGUCACACUAAAGAGAUUUUGUUCAUGGUUGGGGAUGUGGCCCCCUCUGAAGCUGUCAAUGGGCAGGCUGGGGGUCCCCCAGAUGGUGUAUCUAUCGAACUCUAAA